AUGCGACCGAGGUCAGCUGUGGAAAGCUGGGUGCCAUCAGUGAGGUCCGGACAAGGGCUUCCAAGCUCAGCCCAUACGGAUCUGAGGCCAAUAACACAAGGACUUGCGAUCAUCCCAAGGGCUAAAAGUGCCUCUCGUACAUCCUCAAGUAACAGUCUCAAAUCUGACUCUGCCUCCUCUGUGCAGUCAGUGGCAGAUGAGAAUCUUUCUUUGGGCAACAUUGAGAGUCUCCUCUCUGAGAAAGUCGAGGACAGGAAAGAUGACUUGAAAGCCGCUUUUGAAGCUUUUGACCAGGAAGGUAACAAGACUGUCACCAAAGGGGAAUUCAAACGUGUAAUAGAGGGGUUUCUUGUUCCGCUAACUGAAUCUCAAUUUGAUGGACUGUUGGGAAAGCUUGAAAUGAAAGAAAAUGGAACCGUUCCUUAUCUGGAGUUUCUUAGAAAAUACUGCAAAGUCUCAUCGGCCACAGAGAGAGUUCCAUACACCAGUGCAAAAUACAGAAACAGGUCACUUGGGGAGCUACAGUGUCAUUUGAAAGACAAGAUUGGAGACAAUCUGAAAAACAUCACCAGGGCUUUUCGGCUGUUUGACUACAACAGCGAUGGACAGAUACAGCAACAUGAGCUACGCAAAGUGCUAGAAGGCUACUGUUUUCCCAUGAGUCAACAGGAAUUUCACAGAUUAUGGUCAAACUACAGCCCCAAUAAUGCUCACACAAUAUCUUACAAGGAGUUUCUUGAAAAACUUGGCGUUGAUUGUGAAAACUAUAGAAGGAUUGAACCAGAUUCAGUAAAACUGGCAUUGAACUGGGAUGCUGUCAAUCGGACUACAAGGCCUAAUAGUAAAACAAGCAGAAGAGCAUUUUCAGGCAAGUCCACAGACAUGAACUUGGAUGAAGUUCAAAUCAUGUUUUUGAGCAAAAUGAAGAAAAAUUAUAACCUUGUUGAAAAGGCUUUGCAAGCAUUUGACGUCACCGACAGUGGGCUUAUAUCUCACGAGGAUCUCAGGUCUAUCUUCAGUAAUUUCCUCUUUUCAAUGGAUGACAACACGUCCAGAGGUUUAUUAAACAGAUUUGGAGUGACCACAGACCCUGUGAAAUGGAGAAGAUUCCUUGGGAUGUUUAAAGAUGACAAGCAAGAUGUAGUUAUACAGAAAGCUUCACCUCCAGAAACUGCAGAUGUGUGCAGUAUUGAAACAAUUCUACCUAGACUGCAACAACAAAUACCUGAUCAACAGCCUCGUUUGAUAGAAGCCUUUCUAAAUGUUGACAAAAACAAAACUGGUUUCAUUAGUAGAGAUGAACUUCGUAGAGCUUUGGAGAACAUCAGCAUCAAUCUCACAGAUGAUCAGUUCAGAGUUCUUGCUGAUCAUCUGGAUGUUGAACAUGUGGAUGCUAUCAACUACAAACAAUUCCUAUACUCUAUCUAUCAACAAAGGCCAAUAGCGGGUCCAGUUAAUUUGUUACUAAUAGUCUCUGUUUUUUGCGUAUUAAGCUUAGGUACACUUGUACUAUAUAUAAUGCUACAAUAUAUAGUAGUUACAUCAUGGUUUUGUAAAACUCCAAAGUUAGAAGACAUUUUAAAGGAGAAGCUCGCUGAGAACUAUAACAUGCUGAUUGAAUCUAUCGCCAAUGCAACCCAAAUCCAAAGUGACAACAUGCCUCCAGAAGACCUGAGAAGACUGAUCCAACAAUGCGGCCUACAGCUCUCUGAACAUCACUUCAGCAAGCUCUGUGAACCAUUUUUGGAGGAUGGAGCUGUGAACUACAAGUUGUUCUUGAAGAAUUUAGGUAUUCCUGAGAGGAGAGCAGACGGUGGGAACCUGCGCCUGAGUAACCUUGAGAGGGAAGAUCAGGCACACGAGGCUCAGAGAUUAAAUAUAAAAUCACAAGCGGUCCAGGACGUUGUUUUGAGAAAACUCAAAGAAAGGCUUCAGAGACAAGGGAUGACCGUUCAGGACUGUCUGAUGUCAUCGACAGGAGUGCUCUCCCUGAGAGAUUUCUGUAAAAUUCUGGAUGACUGUGGAAUUUACUUGGAAGGUCCUCAGUUUCAGAUGCUCAUUGAGUCUUUAGGUUUCAACGGUGGACAGAUUUCUGUUACUGACUUCGUGGCCAAAUAUGAAGACACAACAACAUCAGAAAUGAAUGAAGAAAUGGAUAGACAGACAGAAAAUGUACAAACUUCCACCAUUUUAUCUGCUGAGGACUGUUUGAGUCAACUUAAGAAGAAGAUAAAGGAAUAUCAUGGGGAUCUUCUGACCGCUUUUCGUCUUAUGGAUAAAAACCGAGAUGGCGUAGUGAAUCGGAAUGACUUUAGGGCUUUGUUCGACAGCUUGAUGUUUGUAACCAAGCAUAAGGAAUAUCAAAAAUUGCUCGAUCUGGUGGGCCUUACACCCGGUGCCACGCUCAACUAUGCCGAGUUCUGCGAUAAGGUCAACUCCAGCGGCAAGAUGAAACCACAUCAACACGAAAUCUUACGUGAUGGUUGGCUUUGCAGUGCAUUUGACCAAGUACAUGACCACCUGGCAUCCCUAGCACAUAAAGGAUCCUUAGAGUUCUCAAAGGCCUUUGGUCAGUUGGGUGAAGAUGGUGAGAGAAUCAUGAGCAAGGUUGACCUAAAACAACUUCUUUUCAAAUAUUACUUACCCAUCACACCACAGGAGUUUGAAAAACUGUGGGCCAGGUAUGAUGAGGAGGGAAAAUGCUUUCUUACUCAGACAGAGUUUUUAAGAAAGCUUAAAGUCACACCAAAUGAGGACACUUUACAAGAACAGCCCCCAGUUUCAAUGACAAAACCUGACACAGAGGUCACGCUACAGAACCUCAGGAAGUGGAUCAAGAGUCACUUUGAGAAAGUAAGUGGAAGCCUUGUGGUUCUGGAUAAAAGCCAAGAUGGUCAUGUGACCGUAAUGGACCUCCUCUCUCUCCUGCACAGACAUGGAUUUCAGCUAACGGAAACACAGCUAAAGGAUCUACUAAACCUCCUUGGGUUUGACACCCGUCUCAAAAAGCUGCCAUAUCUUGAUUUUCUGAAGCAUCUCACCGGAUCUCCGUUACCUAGUGGGCCAGCAGAUGAGGAUUUAACAGAACCAGUGGAGUUAAGCACAGAAAGUGCCAUACAGCGGGUCAAAGAGAUUGUAACUGCUUCCUCAGACAUUCUUUACAAGGCUUUCUCUGCGUUUGAUAAGACUGGAGAUGGCAUGAUACCCCAAGGAGAGUUUCGGCAAGUGCUGAACCAUUUCUGCAUGCAUCUCUCAGAUGUGCAGUUCAGGAAGUUACUCUCCAAACUGAGUUUAAGUGAAGGAGAGGAGAUCAUGGUUGACUGGAAGGAAUUUCUGGAAGUCUUCAACCUCCACAAAGAAGAGACAGCAGAUGAAUGGCUGAGGAAAAUCCAGAAGAUGCGCUUUCCUAAUCAGACCCGUCCAUUACUAAUCACCGAUGUCCUGAGGAGGAUACAAGAAGUUGUGUCAGCCCGUCUUUAUACCAUUUCGAGGGAGAUGGCGGACCUCGACUAUGCCAAUGUUAAUGCAAUCUCCAAAGAAGACUUUAGGAGCAUUUGUGAUCGCCACUUCAUGAGACUGACAGACGAUCAGUUUCAAAUCCUUUGGAAAAUGUUACCGGUUAACGGCUUUGGAAAUCUGGAAUAUCAAGAAUUCCUAAAGAAGUUUGGUGGAGAACCGAAACGGUUUGAAAAAGUUGGUCAAUCAUUACCAGGUUCUGCAAGACCAUCGCUGGAUAGACCAGCAUCCCUUCAACGCCCCAAAACAGCACCGUGCACAUUAAGAUGUUAUUCGUCAUCAAGCACAGAGAAGUUGAGGAGACCCUCCACAUCAAGCAGGAGGCAGACCCCGCUCCUAAACUGUGAGAAUGUGGAGAUAAAAGUGCGUCCCAGGAUCCAGGAAUGUUGGAGGCACAUUCAGAGGAAGUGCAGGGAGGCGGAUACUGAGAGGACUGGAGAGAUAGACGUGAAGACCUUCUUAGGGAUACUCCAGGGCCUCCGCAUUGAGCUCAGUCAGACUGAAUUUGAGCAGCUGGCUGUCAAAUAUGACGUGAAAAACAGUGGACGCGUCUCGUACCCUGACUUUCUACGACACUUUGUGCUCAUGUUCAGUCCUCAGGUCAACAACUCAUCCUGCAGACUAAAACUGCAGCUUCCCAGGACACCAAUGAGUGCUGGACCACUUAGUGACCAGUGUAUUGAAGCCAUGCUGAGAAUUUCCAAGCCUGUCCAGGUUUUCUGGAGGCAGAUGAGGCAAAAAUUCAUCUUGUUUGACAAAGAGCGCAGUGGACAUAUCUCUCCCCAGGACUUCAGGAAGGUCUUGCGACAGUUCAGCGUGAAUCUGUCAGAGGAGGAAUUCUUCCAUUUCACUUCUUUUUUCGACAACAACAUCUCAGGAAAGAUUUCCUACAAUGAUUUCCUACGGAUUUUCUUAAAAUAAGUGCUAAGUUUCUUCUUUUUUGAGGGCAGUGUGUGGGGUAGGUUGAGAGCUGAUACAUAGUCAAUACAUUGAACAUAGCACGUACAUAGUAAAACACAAGUGCCAAUC